AUGGGGUCUCGUCUUUUUCCCCUAAUCACCAUCUUCUUCGCCAUGUCUGCACUUUCUGUAACUUCUUCUAAACUCAGUUAUCAACUUCAUCAAGAAGAAACAACUCAGUUUUUCACUCGGUGUUUAACUCAGUAUGGUGUUCAUAACUUUACGACUCAUUCGAAUGGGAACAAUGAUUCAUCGCUUUAUAAUCAUCUUCUUAAUUUCUCCAUUCAGAAUCUUAGAUUUUCUGGUUCAUCGUUGCCCAAACCAACUGUUAUUGUUUUCCCGGAAAAUAAAGAACAGUUGGCGAAAACCAUCGUCUGUGCCAACAAAUCGUCGCUGGAAAUCAGAGUCCGGUGCGGCGGUCACAGCUACGAGGGGUCGUCGUCGGUGGCCGUGGAAGGUGGUCCAUUUGUGGUGAUUGAUAUGACCCGAUUGGACCAUGUCUCGGUGGAUGUAGACUCGGGUCGUGCUUGGGUUGAAGCUGGUGCGACCCUCGGUCAGACGUAUUCCGCCAUUGCUGAGGUUAGCCUGGUUCACGGGUUCUCGGCAGGAUCGUGCCCGACUGUCGGAACCGGUGGUCACAUUUCCGGCGGCGGGUUUGGGUUGUUGUCUCGGAAAUACGGCUUGGCAGCGGAUAAUGUAGUCGACGCGGUUUUAAUAACCGCCAAAGGCGAGUUACUGAACCGCGACAUGAUGGGUGAGGAUGUGUUUUGGGCGAUACGAGGCGGUGGUGGGGGUGUUUGGGGAGUCGUGUACGCUUGGAACAUCCGGUUAUCAAGCGUACCGGAAACUGUUACCAGUUUCAUCGUGUCGAGACCGGGCACGAUGAAACAGGUGAGCGAUCUGGUAAACAAAUGGCAACACGUUGCGCCUAAACUGAACGACGACUUUUACUUGUCGUCGUUUGUCGGUGCUGGUUUGCCGGAACGGAAGAACAAACCAGCGGGCUUAUCCGCCACAUUCAAAGGGUUUUAUUUAGGACCGAAGAACAAAGCCCUAAUCGUCAUAAACGAUUCUUUCCCCGAGCUAAAUAUCGUCGAAACCGAUUGUAAAGAAACGAGUUGGAUCGAAUCCGUUCUCUUCUUCUCUGGACUUGGAACCGGAAGCUCGAUCUCCGACUUAAAAAACCGAUACUUGCAAGAUAAACUAUACUACAAGGCAAAAUCCGACUACAUCCGUAAACCAAUUCCACGAUUCGGCCUAACCAUGGCACUCGAAAUCCUCGAAAAACAACCGAAAGGGUACGUAAUUCUCGACCCGUACGGUGGCGCAAUGCAAACAAUAUCUAGCGACUCCAUCCCUUUCCCGCACCGGAAAGGGAACCUUUUCACGAUCCAGUAUCUCGUCGAAUGGAACGAAACCGACGACAACAAAAGCAACGAGUACAUAGCGUGGAUACGCAGCUUUCAUGGCUCGAUGACGGCUUACGUCUCACAGAACCCGCGAGCCGCGUACGUUAACUACAUGGACCUUGAUUUGGGAACGAUGAAUUGGAUCAAAACGAGGGCCGAAGAUGAUGCGGUCGAGAAGGGUCGCGAAUGGGGCGAGAAAUACUUCGAUACGAACUACGACCGAUUGGUGAAGGCGAAAACCGAAAUCGAUCCGUACAACGUUUUCAGGCAUCAACAAAGCAUUCCUCCGAUGUCUUUGAAGAACAAGAAUGAAAGAUCAAGCAGAAUGAGCGAAAUGGAGUCGGUCGGAAAUGGAGUAUGUCAAAACAACUGGAAAUAUGAAGUAACUGGAAUGGAAUUUAGCCAGAUUUGACCAUACGUUUGGUUAGCAGCAUUUGAAGUGAAAUAUAUCAAAGAAUUUGGAUUAUGUAUGUUUGGUUCUCGAAUACGUAUUUGUAACUAAAUAAAGAUGCAUGAAAAAAUAUCCCUUGAGGACGUUUUUCAUGUUAGCGUAUGCCUAAAAGUCAAUCAUAGGAUGAUUGUAUGUUUGAACAAGAUUGUCAUGAUAUUCAUUAAUAAAGGUGUUGUCUAUUUUUAACC